AUCGCCUCACGUGACAUGGGACUUUGAAAACGUAUAAGUUAUCCCGGCAAGCCUUGCGCCAUCUUUCUUUUUUUCCCCAGCCUCCUGAGCAAGAUGUCUAAGCGAGGACGUGGUGGUUCGUCUGGUGCGAAAUUUCGCAUUUCACUUGGUCUCCCAGUGGGAGCUGUGAUCAACUGUGCGGAUAAUACAGGAGCCAAGAAUCUCUACAUAAUCUCGGUGAAAGGAAUUAAGGGGCGUCUGAAUAGACUGCCAGCUGCAGGUGUGGGGGACAUGGUAAUGGCUACUGUCAAGAAAGGCAAGCCAGAGUUAAGAAAAAAGGUGCAUCCAGCAGUUGUGAUUCGUCAACGGAAAUCCUACAGGAGAAAAGAUGGUGUAUUCUUGUAUUUUGAAGACAAUGCAGGAGUGAUAGUAAACAACAAAGGAGAAAUGAAAGGCUCUGCUAUCACAGGCCCUGUAGCCAAGGAGUGUGCAGAUCUAUGGCCCAGAAUUGCUUCCAAUGCUGGCAGUAUUGCAUAAAUAUGUUUGUUCUUUGUAAAAAUAAAAUAAAAGUGAUUGGCUCAAA